AUGGAUAUUCCACAACGCCUGCAACCUGUGCAGCCUGUGCCGGUGCCAGCUGAGCUAACCCAACUGGCAGCUGCCAGCGUCCAAGAUGAAUGGUGUCAGCUGCUCAUCUUACGCGAGCAGGUGGCGCGGCGCGAGAAGCAAGCCACCUACUGGCAGCAUUUGCGGACUUUGGCCCAAGCCAAAGAGCGAUGCGUGCAAUGUGACAUGGGACUCAUGGGUUUGCAGACGGUGCUGGUGGCACUUCACCAACUCGCCCAACUUCUCAUGGACUCGGAGGAGUCCGACUUCGUGAGUGAGACCCUGGCCGCCUUGGCUGAGAUCUUGGCGUCCGCCGCAGAGGAGCUGCCCAGAGAGGGCUCCGCCACCUUCCCCGUGCUACAGUUCCAGCUCCAAGAGUUCGCUGAGUACCUGGGAGAAGUGAAUCUGGUGCCUCGUGGGCACCGACCCAAACUACCCGCGGCUGGAAAGGAGAAGGAUUCCUCGCUUGCCUGA